AUGGUUUGCCAUCACCCCGACUGUCAGGAGCUGAACCAGCAGAGCCCAUUGCACCUGUGUGAGUCAUGUGACUCACGUCGCCACGACGACAGCUCCGACAUGCACUUUGACCGGCAUCCACGUUUUGACUUGCACCCUCAAGCCUCCAUCCUGGCGCGUAACGUGUCCACGCGCUCCUGCCCCUCGCGCACCAGCCCCCCCUCCGACCUGGAGGAGGAGGAGGAGGAGGUGGGAGAGCGCGGGGAGCGGAAAUCUGGGGGAAUGAAGCUGGCAAAAAAGAAACCAAGAAGACGUCACACGGAUGAUCCAAGCAAAGAGUGCUUCAGCCUCAAGUUUGACCUCAACGUGGACAUUAACACAGAGAUUGUACCAGCCAUGAAAAAGAAAACCCUCAGGGAGGUUCUGGGUCCAGUCUUUGAGAGAAACGGCAUCGAGCUCUCCAGAGUGGACCUGUUUCUGGACCAGUCCAACACACCGCUGUCACUCAACUUUGAGGCGUAUCGCUUCGGAGGACAUUACCUGAAAGUCAAAGCGCGUCCUGGUGAUGAGCUGAAGGUGGAGCAGGGGGUGAAGGACUUGCGGUCACUCAGUUUGCCCAAUAUGAAGCCAUCAGGAGCCCAGAGCCCCUACAUCCUCACCCCCGGAGGAGAGCGGCCAGAGCAUGGGUCCCUGGGGAGGAAGGAGAGCAUCGACCUGCUGAUGGUUCGUUUUGGUCGCCUGACGUCCUGGCACAGCUGGGAUCUGCUGCAGGUGGAUUCUGAGACGGAGUCUCCUUCAGCCGAGAGCAUUACCCUGACUGACUGUGAGAUGGCGUCAAUGGGUCAGGCGCGGCGGAGGAAGAACAUGACUGAGUUCUUGGGAGAGGUCAACAUCCCGAGCCCGGACACCCUGGGUCAGGUGGGGGGGUCCCUGCCCGCUGUGCCCUCCGGACCCGACAGCUGGAAGAACAGAGCGGCCAGUCGAUUCAGCGGCUUCUUCAGCUCCAACGGCGGAGCGGGAGCUUUUGGGAAGGACGGGGACCGCGUGGAGCAGCUGCAGAACAAGCUGCACUCGUACUCUGUGUUCGGUUUGCCAAAGGUGCCGCGGCAGCUCUCCUUCCACCAGGACUCAUGGGAGGAGGAGGAGGAGGAGACAGAGCUGAGCCUGGAGGACAGCUGGCAGAGGCUGCUGGACCAGCCCGAGACGUUGACGAGGCGACAGUUCCACCAGCAGGAGGCGAUAUGGGAGCUGCUUCAAACUGAGGUCACCUACAUCAAGAAGCUCAGAGUCAUCACUGAUCUGUUCCUGUCUGCGCUGCUGAACCUGCAGGAGAGCGGCCUCCUCACUGAAGUGGAGCCUACCAAACUGUUCAGCAACAUCCAGGAGAUCGUGCGCCUCCACAGCGCCCUCUGGAGUCAGGUCAUGGUGCCGGUGCUGGAAAAGGCCAGAGAGAAGCGCGCUCUGCUGGACCCUACUGAGCUGCAUCACGGCUUUAAGACGUUUGGGUCCCGGUUCCAGCCGUACAUCCGCUACUGUAUGGAGGAGGAGGCUUGUAUGGAGUACAUGCGCUCACUGCACAGGGACAACGAGCUCUUUAGGACCUACGUCACCUGGGGAGAGACGCAUAAGCAGUGUAACAGGCUGAAGCUGGCCGACAUGUUGGCCAAACCGCACCAGAGGCUCACCAAGUACCCACUCCUGCUCAAGAGCGUUCUGAAGAAGACCGACGAGCCCUCGGCACGGGACGUCCUCAACAAAAUGGUGUCCACUGUGGAAGGCUUCAUAAACAGUGUGGACUCUCAGAUGCGACAGAGGCAAGAGCAGCAGAAACUGGCCAUGAUCUCGGCGCGUAUCGACUCAUACGAGGCUGUAGAGGGCAGCAGUGAGGAGGUGGAGAAGAUAUUAAAAGAGUACAACCACUUCGACCUGAUGUCUCCGAUGAGAGGGACGUCAGCAGAGGAGACGAGACAGCUGCAUCUGGAGGGAGCACUGCGCAUGAAGGAGGGCAAGGACAGGAUGGAGGUGUAUUGUUUCCUGUUCACAGACCUGUUCCUGAUCACCAAAUCUGUGAAACGGGUGGAGAAAGAGAAAGUGAAAGUCAUCCGACAGCCACUGCUCAUUCAAAACGUGGUGUGCAAGGAGCUCAAAGACCCAGGCUCCUUUAUCCUAAUCUACCUCAACGAGUUCAAAAGUGCAGUGGCAGCCUACACUUUCCAGGCCAACAGCGCCACCCAGGGGAGGAGCUGGGUCGAUGCCAUCUGCAAUGUCCAGAACCAGUUACAAAGACUGCGCAGUGAGGAGGUGGUCCGGCAGCAGAACACGCUGAAGACCUCCACAGCUGAGGAAGAGGAGGAGGAGGAGGAGAGCAGCAACUCUACAGCGAGCUCCCCCAGUCUGAGGCACAAAAACAACUCAAGCCAAUCGGACGGCUCCACAGAGACACUGUCAGUGAUGGACGUGGACGAGCCCUGCCUGCCCACUCUCACCAUUUCCUGCCCGGGCGACGAAUGCGCUCAAACUCCCAGCAUCCCUCACUCCCAUCGCUCUCUACCCACAAGUCUGCUACGUGUCCUGUCCACCAUUUACUCCGAACCCGACCAGGAGGGAGAGCUGGACGAUAAACUGGACCCCCAAUGCAGGUCCCUAUCAAUGGACAGUGCUUAUGGAACCCUUUCGCCUGAAUCGCUUUUACGAGAAUUACAGCCGCAGCAAGGCCACAGCGAAUGGGAAGAGGCCGAAGAGGAAGAGCGGAGAGACGAGGAAGUAGGAAACGAGGAGCUAGAACAGGAAGAAUUGGAAGAAGAGGAAGACACCACUUCGCUAGGAUCCCAGUUGUCCGUAAUCCAGCGACGGAAACCCAUACAGAAUCGCUUCCACUGCUUGCAAAGACUGCUUUCGCGCUCAGAGGACAACCUGCUUCAGAGAGUCCACAACGACAAGCAACACAGCAAUUCGCAAGAAGAGGAAGAAACGCAUGACCAAAACCCAGAGAUGACGCACAGCCGUAGUAUGUCGGAGCUGGGCCAACGCGCAGAGGAGCAAAUAUCGAGCAAACUUUUGGAUCAGUCCGAUGACAGCUUGGAUGUGAGCGUGCCGGCCUCUGAGAAACUCUCCGCAACGUUGAAAAGGGCAGAGGCCAGACACGUGCACAAGGCGUUGGCCGGGAUGGGAGAUGGGUCAGAUGAUAGUGGUGGUGGUGGUGAGAGGAAAGGAGAAACCACUGCAGAGUCCAAGGGAGAGGUGGUGCUAAAGAAGAGGUCUCCAGUCCAGCAGCAUAAGAAGCUCACACUGGCUCAGCUCUACCGGAUACGUACGACCAUGGUCCUGAACUCCACACUCACUGCUUCGGAGGUCUAA